UAAGGCGGUCUAAGAACUCAUUAGAUAUAUUUUCAACAGACAGGGAAAAAAAAGAGUUGCCUGUCUUAUGCCACGUCUCUUAAUUUAUAAAACGCCUUUUUAAAGAACCACGGGUGAAAGAUAUGUUUCAUGGGGUGUGCCCUGGUUUGAUUUCAGGAUAAAAGAAGCAAAUUGAGUUGCAAAAGCGAAGAGUAUUUGAUGAUUUCGAAACACAGAGGCUCAUAAAAUCCCAAGAGUGAAAAAGGAGAAGGUGAUUGAUCAAUAGUGAGCAGAGAUAUCAUUCCGUUUGACUUCACCUGCUUGUGUGCGAGAGAGGGGAAGAAAGGGAAGGGACUGAUACAGGCAAAACAGCACAGCACGCUCGCAAAGAGAGCUGUUGCCUGAGAUCAUUUGCACAGGGAGAAACCAGGGGAAGUCUGACGUGCAGUAAACGGAUUUUUCUUUUCCUUCAGAUUACCUACAGCAAUGCAAUAAUACACAAGGCUUUCAAUUGAACGUUUAACAAAAUGAAAGCAAUUUUCUUUUGACGAGUAUCACGUUCGAUGGCGUUUACUGAUCUUACCGAAGUGGGAGGUACUCAACUGGCUUUUACAUAGACUACUUUUUAAAAGAAAAAGAAGGGGGAAAAAAAGGGUAGACAAAGCUGCGAUCUCCCAUUUUUUUCGAGUCAUGUCUGAUCCGGAGCGAUGGGCAAGAUCGACGACAACGAGAGGAUAAUCCUCAAUGUUGGGGGAACCAGGCACGAAACGUAUCGGAACACACUGAAGACCUUGCCGGGCACACGGCUAGCUCUGCUCGCUUCCGAGUCUGAUAUAGAGUCCGGGGUGGAUCAGCAGCAACAAGUCCCUGGCUACAUCGAGUACAACCCGAAGAACAACGAGUACUUUUUUGACCGCCACCCUGGGGUUUUUGCCUAUGUACUCAACUAUUACAGAACCGGGAAACUUCAUUGCCCUGCCGAUGUCUGCGGUCCGCUCUUCGAGGAAGAGCUGGCUUUCUGGGGUAUCGAUGAGACCGAUGUGGAACCCUGCUGCUGGAUGACCUACCGGCAGCACAGGGACGCGGAGGAGGCGCUCGAUAUUUUUGAAAUAAGCGGGGAACCUGGGGUUGGAGAAGGGGAGGACGAAGAAUUGAGUAAGAGGCUUGGCAUUGAGGACGUGGUGUCACCCGAAGGCAAUGUCAGUCGCUGGAAAAAGUGGCAACCGGUGAUUUGGGCUCUGUUUGAGGAUCCCUAUUCUUCCAGAACUGCGAGGUUUAUCGCCUUUGCCUCCUUGUUUUUCAUCCUUGUGUCAAUCACAACCUUCUGCCUGGAGACCCAUGAGGCUUUUAACACAGUUAUAAACAAAACCGAACUGAUAAGGAAUGAUAGCCAAUUUGAACUGGUCUCACAAUAUGAAAUUGAAACGGACCCAGCACUGACAUAUGUGGAAGGAGUCUGUGUACUCUGGUUCACUUUUGAAUUUCUUGUGCGUGUCAUUUUCUGCCCUGAUAAGCUUGAAUUUGUCAAAAACCUCCUGAAUAUCAUUGACUUUGUGGCUAUUUUGCCUUUUUAUCUGGAAGUGGGUCUCAGUGGGCUUUCAUCCAAAGCUGCUAAAGAUGUGCUGGGCUUCCUCAGGGUCGUUAGGUUCGUCAGAAUCCUACGAAUCUUCAAGCUAACCCGCCAUUUUGUAGGACUGCGAGUGCUGGGACAUACUCUUCGAGCUAGCACUAAUGAAUUUUUGCUGCUUAUUAUAUUUUUGGCUCUGGGGGUGUUAAUAUUUGCCACCAUGAUUUAUUAUGCUGAGAGAAUAGGUGCAAGUCCCAAUGACCCAACAGCCAGUGAGCACACAGAGUUCAAAAAUAUUCCUAUUGGAUUUUGGUGGGCUGUGGUCACUAUGACCACCCUCGGUUAUGGAGACAUGUACCCCAAAACAUGGUCAGGAAUGCUGGUAGGUGCCCUUUGUGCAUUGGCUGGGGUGCUCACAAUUGCCAUGCCUGUACCUGUCAUCGUGAAUAAUUUUGGAAUGUACUACUCGCUUGCCAUGGCAAAACAGAAACUACCACGCAGGAGAAAGAAGCACAUUCCACAGGCUCCCCAAGGUGGCUCACCCACAUACUGCAAGACGGAACUGAACAUGGCUUGUAAUAGUACCCAAGGCGAUGCCUGUCAUGCUAAAGAAAACAGGCUCUUGGAACGCAACAGAUCAGUGUUGUCAGGUGAAGACAGUGGAGGAAGUGACCACACUCUGUCACCUGAGGAAAGGCUCCCAAUGAGGAGAUCUAGUACCAGAGACAAAAACAGAAGAAGUGGAACAUGUUUCUUACUGACGGCAGGUGAUUACACAUGUUCUACAGAUGGAGGGAUCAGGAAAGGAUAUGAAAAAUCCAGAAGCUUAAACAACAUAGCUGGCUUGGCUGGUAAUGCUCUGAGACUGUCUCCAGUUACUUCACCCUACAGCUCACCUUGUCCACUGAGACGUUCUCGAUCUCCCAUUCCAUCAAUCUUGUAAAGCUAGACUGCAUCAAUAAGCCUGGUAGAGUCCAUUCAAUUAUUGUAACUGCAUAAUGGAAGUGAUUCAAUGUAGAAUUAAAACUAGAUACUGCUAGUCCAGUAUAAAAUGUGCAUGCUGUAAACUGUAAAUAUUAGGAAAUAAUUGUUUUGUUAAUGGAAGAUCCCUAUCUUUGGCUUUCAAUGUGAUUAAAAUAGUGUUUCACCAUUAUUUCCUGAUAGCCCUGCAUUAUGGCAAUAAAAGAACAUUUAGUGGCUCUCUAUAUGGCCAGUAUAUUGAAUAACAAAUGUAUUUAUUCAGGGAGAUUAUGUAUAUACUUCUAUUUAGAAAAAAAAAAUGUGCUUCCAAAUGAUAUCACUCCAUUGGACCUCAUGUCUGUGACUUUUAUUCAUUAUGAAGAUGUCUGGAAUCCCGUCUUGAUUCACAUGCGCACCUUCGCAAAACUCGGGCCAGAUCAUUUUUGCAUGGAUCAUCCUGUUUCAUCGUCUGAAAGCGGUGUUGCACAACAAUUUAUUCUGGAUGCAGAUGGCACUGGACAUGUGUGUGCAUUGUACCAUUUGCUAAAAAAGUGCAUUGGCCAACUGUUUUUGCAUGUGGAAAAAUAGUUUGUGACUGGUAUGCUGUUCUACUGCGAAUCCAAAUGUGGCAGGGUUAUAGAAUUGAGGUUUUCCGGUUGUUUACAUGCAGAUAACUGCAAAGAGAUUGUCUUUACUGGUUACACGCAAGCAGAGGCCAGCUCUCUUUCUUAAUGGCUUGGGGAAGGCACAGUCAUGACAGAAAGGUAACAUUGACAUCCUGGCUUGCAUUUUAAGAUGAUGUAGACAGCAACAACAUUUGUGAUUUUCAGUGGUUAAUGACUUUUAAUUGUGUAUAUGGGGGUAAUUCAACAUUUUCCCCCCAGACAAUCUUCUGAAAACACAUUACUUAACAAAAAACACACCUUUUUAAGACUCACAGUACAUGGUAGCAACAAAACUUUAGUUUGUUAAUUAAGGUUUUUUUAAUCUAACACAUGUUCCAAACAAAAACACAUGAUCAAAACAGUGUCAUUUUAUUUGCUGAAAAAACAGAAAGAUUAAAUAUAUUAUUUUUUAUUGUUUAUUUUCCUAAUGACAAUCCCACCAUUACUCAAGAGUAUGCACUUCACAAAUAUUGUUCUUUCAUAUACGGAUUCUAAAUUUAUAAUUCUGAUACAAGAUAUACUAUAACAGGUGAGUUGAAAUGACAUUAAAAGAGCACAUUUGGUGUAUUUCCUCUUAAUUAGUUUUGAGAAAUGAUCACUACACUCUACUCAAAAGCAUAAAGAACCUUUGAUCCAUCACUUUCAAAAGUGAAACCUUUCAGAUAUGAGGUAUGUCCUUACAGGAAAUGACCUGGUAACCAUUGAAUUGGACCUCAUUUGACUAUAUCUAAAGAAUAUAAUCAAUUAAUUAUAUUGCUGUGCGUCACAAAAAAUGAAAGAACUUAAACUCUAAUUAGCAUAGCAUGUUGAACCUCCCCAACUUGGAAUCUGAUUGGCCUUAUCCUAAGCCUAUUGUAGCAGCAACAGGGUUGCUUAGCAACUAGCACAUUCUCAGAGUUUUAAAUACUUCAAUGAUUUAUACUUAAUGAAUUGUACAUUUCUACCGUCAUAGCUUUCUUUAAGAACACAGUUAUGUUCAAUGCAUAUCAUAGGUUUUCACAAUAACUUAAGCAUAUAAAACAUUUGCUAUAUCUAAAUACAACUGCAUCUACUUCAUAUCUUGUAUGUAAUUCAACUGCAUUAAUCUGUUGAAUUACCCCUUAUGUGAUGUUGAGGAUAUAAAGUUUACAUUUACAUAAAAUAUAUAAAUAUAUAUAUACAGAGAGUUAUAUAUAAAUAUAUACAUACGUACUGUUAUAUUAUAGCUGUUGUACAGUAAUAUAAAUUUAACCCUGUAGCAUGAACCUGCAUGUCAUUAAUCUUGUAUAAUAUUAUAUAUUAUCCCAAAUAUACAUUUCUGAUAUUUAGAGAUGUACAUUGUUUAUAUUUUGUUGAUGUCUUCAGAGAUAUUUAUUUUACCAAGGCCAAUAGCAAAGGAAUUAAUAAAAUAUUGGUGCUGCUGUUAUUGACCACAGUGCUAAACAGUAUUUAUCAUGGAUUAACAUCAAAAUGGACAUUGGAUUUUAACCAUAACCAGGACUGUUGUGGAAGGACUUCUGCUCAGAGGAAAAGAUUCACACGGAUAUUGCCUCAGGGGAUGGUCACUGGGAAGAUGGAUGGAUUGAGCCCAACCACACAAAGAGAAGAAACACGAACAGACUUUGUACGGCUACUGCUGCCACAGGCAAAUAUCAGCCUCCAGCAGCCCAACACUGGGACACUGAACAACAGCAACAGAAUUUGUAAAUAUUAACCUGCACGUGGGCUACUGAAAUCUAUCACCUGUGAGCUGAGGCUGAGUCAGAUUGUGGAAUUCAAAGUCAUCAUUGACAUUGUGUUUAAAACCUAAAUACCUAACUCUAUUAUCCAUGAAAUCCCUGCAAUAAAUCUACACUGUAGUGCUGUAGAUGUAUACAAUUAAGGCACAUCAUUAGAAGCAAGAAAAGAUCAAAACAUGUGCUGAGAUUAAUAAAUGUGACAUCUGGUCAUGAAUACUUUA